CUCACAUAUAUGCACCAUUUUAUUGCGUGUUUGAAUAUAGCAGCUGAGUUUUGGGAGGAGACAAUGACAAACUCAUUCAAAUAUGAAACUUGCCAUUUCCCUUUGUACCAUGACAUUCUACGUAGUUGCCCCCUCAAACCCAUUCAAUGCCCAUGUGUGUUUACUAUUCUCAUGCGCAGCACGUACUUCCUCCUCUAUAUAAAGGCCAUGCAGCAUGCCAGCCGGAGCCAACUUAUACUUCUCAAGAUUAUUACCAACAACAACAACAAAAAACCUCAAGUUAUGGCAAUGCAAUUACGUUCUUUUCUCUUAGGCAUACUGCUACUAAUUGGCUUUGCUUUCACAAAUAGCGAAGCUGAUAUUAGAGCUCCACCCACACAUUUUGACACUGCUUCUCUCAAUAGGAGCAGUUUUCCAGAAGGGUUCAUAUUUGGUGUAGGUUCUGGAUCUUACCAAUAUGAAGGUGCGGCAAAAGAAGGUGGUAGAGGACCAAGCAUUUGGGAUACCUUCACCCACAAAUAUCCAGAAAAGAUUAGCGAUGGCAGCAAUGGAGAUAUCACUGUUGAUCAAUAUCACCGCUAUAAGGAAGAUGUGGGGAUUAUAAUGAAUAUGGGGUGGGACGCUUAUCGAUUCUCUAUCUCAUGGUCAAGAUUGUUACCAAAUGGAAAGUUAAGUGGAGGAGUGAACAAGGAAGGAAUCAAAUAUUACAACAAUCUCAUCAAUGAGCUCUUACGCAACGGUUUAACGCCAUUUGUGACACUCUUUCAUUGGGAUCUUCCUCAAACUUUAGAAGAUGAAUAUGGUGGUUUCUUAAGCCCUCAUAUUGUAAAUCAUUUUCAAGAUUACGCAGAACUUUGUUAUAAGGAAUUUGGUGAUCGAGUAAAGCUUUGGAGCACACUGAAUGAGCCGUAUACCUUCAGCGACUAUGGUUAUGCAACCGGGACCCUUGCUCCGGGACGAUGCUCCACUUGGCAACAGCUAAACUGCACCGGCGGAGAUUCAUCUAUUGAACCAUAUUUGGUAACACACCACCAGCUCCUUGCUCAUGCAGCUGCAGUAAAAUUGUACAAAAAUAAAUACCAGGCGUCUCAAAAUGGAGUGAUAGGGAUAACACUGGUGUCAAAUUGGUUUGAGCCCCUUUCGGAAGAAAAAGAAAAUAAAAAUGCUGCAUUACGAGCUUUGGAUUUUAUGUUCGGAUGGUUUGCUGAGCCAUUGACAAGUGGUGACUAUCCGCAAAGCAUGCGGUCUCUCGUCGGAAGCCGAUUACCAAAAUUCACGAAAGAACAAUCCAAGUUGCUAAUUGGUUCAUUUGAUUUUCUUGGACUAAAUUACUAUACGGGUUACUAUGCAAGUGAUGCACCUCAAAAUAACUCGGUAUAUGCCAGCUACACAACAGAUGUUGGCGUUAAUCUUUCAUCUGAGCGUAAUGGGGUCCCCAUCGGUCCAAAGAGUGAAUCAGGAGGGUUAAAUGUUUAUCCACAAGGAAUUCAACAUCUUUUACUCUACACAAAGAAAAAGUAUCACAAUCCAAUUAUUUACAUUACUGAAAAUGGUGUGGAUGAGUUGAAUGAUCCGAAAUUAUCACUUGCCGAAGCCCUUAAUGAUACCCAUAGAAUUGACUUCUACAAUCGCCACCUUCAUUAUGUUCAAAGUUCUAUUGACAAUGGUGUCAAAGUGAAGGGAUUCUUUCCCUGGACGUUCCUGGACGACUUUGAAUGGAAUUCGGGAUUCAGUCUUCGAUAUGGUAUCACGUAUGUAGAUCACAAUGAUGGGCUUAAAAGGCACCCAAAACUCUCGGCGCACUGGUUCAAAAGUUUCCUUAAGAAGUAUUGAAAACUUCAAAUCAUAUUCGUCAUUCAAUAUUUGUAUUUAAUUCAAUAAUGUGAAUUUUAUGUAUGUACAAUAAUACUAGGGAUUCCAAAUUUGUGUACAUACAAAAUUUAAAUUCCAUAUUUGUGCACCUUCAAUAAUUUCAAUUUUAGUCCUUGUAUAAGAUUCAAAUUCUAUUCAACCCCCUUGUAAAAUUAAACAUUGAUUUUUAAUCCUUUGAUGAGUGUCAACAUACGCAUAAUUAUGAAACUCAUUUGUUUACUCAUUUGUUUUUAGUCUUUUGACUAAUUGUCUCGAAUUUGAGUUAUAUAUACUAACGCCUCUUGAGAUUUUUUGUGUUUUUACAAAAUCUUCUAAGGUCUUAGAAAUUACACAAACACCCCCUCAGUUUCAAAAUGGUUUCACAAAACUCCAAAAAUCCAAAAAAAAAAAAAAAACACCUAAAAUUGGAUGUAAGAGGACUCUUGCACUCGCAUAUACAAC